GGGCGCGGGCGGCGGGCGGGGGAAGAUGGCGGAGCUCGGUAAGAAGUACUGCGUGUACUGCCUGGCCGAGGUGAGCCCGCUGCGCUUCCGCUGCACCGAGUGCCAGGACAUCGAGCUGUGCCCCGAGUGCUUCUCGGCCGGCGCCGAGAUCGGCCACCACCGCCGCUACCACGGCUACCAGCUGGUGGACGGCGGGCGCUUCACGCUGUGGGGGCCCGAGGCAGAGGGCGGCUGGACCAGCCGCGAGGAGCAGCUGCUGCUGGAUGCCAUCGAGCAGUUCGGCUUCGGAAACUGGGAAGACAUGGCCGCUCACGUCGGAGCUUCCCGCACGCCGCAGGAGGUGAUGGAGCAUUACGUAAGCAUGUACAUCCACGGAAACCUGGGGAGAGCCUGCAUCCCCGACACCAUCCCCAACCGGGUGACCGACCACACGUGCCCCGGCGGAGGGCCCCUGUCCCCCAGCCUCACCACCCCCUUGCCUCCCCUAGACAUCUCGGUGGCCGAGCAGCAGCAGCUGGGCUACAUGCCGCUGCGUGACGACUAUGAGAUCGAGUACGACCAGGACGCCGAGACGCUCAUCAGCGGGCUCUCGGUCAACUACGACGACGAGGACGUGGAGAUCGAGCUGAAGCGCGCGCACGUGGACAUGUACGUGCGCAAGCUCAGGGAGAGGCAGCGGCGCAAGAACAUCGCGCGCGACUACAACCUGGUGCCCGCCUUCCUGGGCAAGGACAAGAAGGACAAGGAGCGGCCGGCCAAGCGCAAGGUCACCAAGGAGGAGAAGGAGCUGCGGCUGAAGCUGCGGCCGCUCUACCAGUUCAUGUCGUGCAAGGAGUUCGACGACCUGUUCGAGGGCAUGCACAAGGAGAAGAUGCUGCGGGCCAAGAUCCGCGAGCUGCAGCGGUACCGGCGCAACGGCAUCACGAAGCUCGAGGAGUCGGCCGAGUACGAGGCGGCGCGCCACAAGCGCGAGAAGAGGAAGGAGAACAAGGGCGCGGCGGGCGCCAAGCGCGGCAAGGAGGACGCCAAGGACGGCGAGUUCGCGGCCAUCGAGCACCUGCCGGGCUUCGAGCUGCUGUCGGACCGCGAGAAGGUGCUCUGCAGCUCCUUGAACCUGAGCCCCGCGCGCUACGUGACCGUGAAGACCAUCAUCAUCAAGGACCACCUGCAGAAGCGGCAGGGGAUCCCCUCCAAAAGUCGCCUUCCUAGUUACUUGGACAAAGUCCUAAAGAAAAGGAUUUUAAAUUUCCUCACGGAGAGCGGGUGGAUAUCCAGGGACGCGGCCUGAACGCGCGCCGCUUUGCGGGCGGGCGCCGAGCCCCUAGGACUCGGGUUGAGGG